ACUUGCCACCUUCUCUCACCAGCACCACCCCAUUCUCUCCCUUUUAUUUUUUAUUUCUUACUAUCCCCACCACUUCUACCAGCCAACCCCCCCCUUACCCCCUCAGUUUCUCCCUCUGCCCGCUCCUCCGCCCCUCUCCCCAUCACUAUCAUCCUAGUCACAAACUCCCAAUCCGCAGCCUCUUACAUCUAAUCCCAACCAUCUUCUCAACUCCCACAAUCACUCUUCUACUCGGCCCAUUCUUUCGCUAUCCUCGCACACGUUGUUCUUCCAUCAUUCAGUCAGCGUCCAGGGGUACCGUCACUAGUACUCUCUCUAUCCUCGCUGUUCUCCCCACCAUUUCGAUACCGGCAAAAAGGGAAAGGGAAAGGGAAAAAGAAAAGUGAAAGCACCAGAGAAUAGAAAAGCAAAGGAAAAAAAAGAAAAAAAGUAAGGAAAAAAAGGAAACAAGAAAAAGAAAAAAAGAAAGAAAGGCCAAAGAAUUAACCCACCCCUCCUUAUCACCCGCCCCCUCAUUCGCCAAUCCCCGACGAAACGUCGGCGACCCUUUACCCUCAUUCCCGUAACACGUUUCGUGUUGACCAAGGAUUCCAAUCGCCUUCGUCGCUUUCCUCACGAUAACUACUCGACCUUUACCCCCUUCUCCUCUCUCCUCUCUCCUCUCUCCUCUCUCCUCUCUCCUCUCUCCUUUCCUUCUUCUCUCCAACACUUUAGUCACUCGACAUCAACAAUGCCUCCCCAGCGUACUUUACCGCCUGCGAAGGCGGUGAAGACUGAAAGGACGCACGAGGAAAAUCAAGAAAGAGCCUACAUUGCUGCAUCUCGAAGAAGCGAUCGGAGCUUAGAGGCUCGUAUCGAAUCGGCGCGAAGAGCCUCUGCUAUCCACAAGCGUCGUACUGGUCGUGCACUCCGCGUGACCGAGCAAGAUGUCAUCAACGAAGAGAUGUACGAAGAGGAAGAGGACGAGUAUUAUGGAUAUAGAGGCCUCACGGCUCACCUUAGGAACGGUAGCCACGACUGGAAUCGUCGGCUCCAAGCGUACCUACAGAGCCAGUAUGUCAUGCGUAGUGCUCUAAGCCAGGCUAUCUCCGUUGAUGGCGGAAAUCCUUCACAACAGUAUCCAACAACUCAGAGUGCUUAUCAGUCCUCAUACAUGCAACAGCCCAUGGGUGGACCUUACGUAGACGCAUCGGUGCACCCACCACACGUGUCUCCUACUACUUACCAAUCUCUUCGACAGCAACCGUAUCCUUCGCCGGCUGCUGGCCAGCAAAGAUAUCAUCAGAGAGCGAUGUCAAUACAGAUGUCGCAGCCCCCGUCCGUGCAUUCACAAGGUUAUCAGCAGGGGAUAGCAUAUGGGAACCAGCCCGUCUUUGCUCCUUCAUCUACUACCACUGGCCUUUCUCUAAAUACUCUAGCCGGCCAGUAUCCCGCUCAGAUCAUGCCUAAUCAUCAAACCGGCCUGAUACCUCCACAACUCACUCUUCAUGUUGCAUCGCAAGCAUCAAAGACAAACACCCCACUUUCAUUUAGUGAGGGCCUUGGCGACUUCCCAUUCACCACAGUACUCCCUCCUGAGACACAGCAAUUUCUUCAGUCUGCACUCGACCCUAAUGACCCGCUUUACCCAGCUCUGAUGGCUGGUCACUCCAAUACACCCCUAUUUGGCUUCAACAAUGGCGCGAGCGAUCUCAAAUCCCCCAUAUCAGAGCCCACACCAUCGGUUCGAUCAACCGAGAUAGGCCCCUCUCCCCCAUCAUUCAGUCCGUUGUCAUCCGACCGGGCGACUCUAGACUGUAGCGCUGACCAGCAAACCGUAAACUCGAUCUUCGACCCAUCAGCCACCCAAACCUCAUUACCUCUAGAGCAAACUCCUAUAUCGCCGGUGGUCGAUAUUGCAUCUAAUGAGAAUAUGUUUGGCAAUUGGAACGACCUCAUCGAGGAUGAGACUAUCUGGAAUCUUGAGAGGGUCUAAUGGCAAUCGAACAAAACAAUUCUAGUGAAGUAAUCACUGGCCGCAGGUUUAACCGGCACGUAGCGUGAUGGGAAACAUCUCUUAUUAUCUAGCAUGAUUUCUUCGGGUCUAUUGCCAAUUGGACUUUUUUUACUUUUUUUAUCACCAUUUCCAUUCCCCGGCUUGGGUGUUGCUUCCUCCCACCCCCUCUCUUCCUCUAUGUGAUUUCAAUAUCAUAGCAUGGGACUUGAACUUCGAAUCGGUAAAAUAAUUCAUGGGAACAUCGGUUUUUUCCUUCCCCCCCUCUUUCUUUGUCUCAACGUUUUUCUACCUAUUAGUUCCUUUUUGUUAGGUGGGGGUUCCAGGCGCCAUAUUACUAUUGUUUUUUGAACCACCUUUUUUUAUAUCAUUUUCCUCUGCCCCUCGUCCUCGGUCUUUCUCAGGAAAAGGAGGGAAAUGAAAAGCCCAAAAAUUCGAUUGGCCCCUUAGUUUCCUCCUCUUCUCAAUACCUCAAUUAUUUCCUUAUUUCUUAAUGCUUUUUUCGCCCCUGCGCGCUUUUAAGUACGGGCGGUCUCUGACUGGAUUGGACCGGAUUGGACCGGAUUGGACUGAAUUGGGUAGACCGAUACCCAUCUCUUCCGGCGAUCCUAUUGUUCCUUGUCUUUCCCUAAUUUCAUUUCUAUUUCCCUAGCAUCAUCGACAGAACUGAAGGAACGCAGCAGAUGGAACGAAUGGGGAGGAGACUGAAGAAGACCUGUGAACUCUUUUUCUUUUACCUUUGUUACUGAAACUUUUUCCCUUUCCUUUCUUUCCUUCUAUUCUACUUUAUCCCUGAAGGCUAUUAGAUGUAUAUAAAAACAUUAUGGCAAGACAGACAGACAGAUUGUCUGAUAAA